UCCUUAAUCGAUCGAAGGAAGUGUUGAAUGCCGGUGAUUUUAUGAGUAGAUUACCGGAUGAAAUUCUUAUUUCUGUACUGUCUCGCCUGCCAUUGAAGGAGGCUGCUGCCACUGCCAUCUUAUCAAGGCGGUGGAGGAACCAGUGGAAGUCCAUUAUUGGGUUAGACUUUAACGGCAAAACUACAUUGGGUGGAAGAGAUAUAUAUUCAAGAUCCCUGAACACUGAAAGAAACAAGUACAUUAAUUGGGUGAAUCGAGUUAUUAGGCAGCAUAACGGCCCUGCCCUUGAUGCAUUCAAGAUUAGCUUCGAUCUGGACAAGGGUUCGAAAUCUGCCAUUGAUAAUUGGGUAAAAGUUGCGCUUUCGAAGAAUGUAAAGAGGCUCGAGCUGGAUUUGUUGGGAUAUGAUGCCAAUAUUCGUGAAGCCAUGUGUAACUAUACAUUCCCGUCUAAGCUUUUCACUAGUAGGCAGUCCAAUACCGGCUUGAGGUUUCUAACAGUCCUUUCUUUGAGGUGCGUUAACGUGUGUGAUCAAGUGCUGGAGUCUUUCCUUCUACACUGUCCGCUUCUCGAGUUUUUGUCAUUGCAGUGCUCGAGGAGCUUGGUAAAUGUGAAGGUCGUUGGCCCGGCUCUCAAGCUGAACUCCUUGGAGAUUCUCUUCUGCUCGGGCUUAAAAACUAUAGAGCUCCAAGACACAACUCUUUCUUCGUUCUGUUAUUUGGGUCCUGCGGUUACUUUUAUCUUCAAAAAUGUCCCAAAACUUGAAGUGGUCUCCGUGGGUUAG